UUCCAGAACCUUUUCUGACUUGACUCUGCCACCCAUGACUUGGACCAUCUUCGGAUCUGCGCGCUCACACGGUGAGUUUCAGUGAUGGGAGACGCGCUCUGUGACCGCUUUAAGACUGUGGCUCAGCUGGUGACAUCUCCACCAGCCUUCUCCACUUUUUUACUUUAACAGUCCAACCAAGUCUCUUAAACAGAUGAGAAAUACAUCUAACUUUCCCUUUUGGUUUACGUUUUGGAGGAUUGCGCGCCGGUUUUCCUGGAUGACAGAGAAGUGAGGCAGCUUAACAAAAUGCCUUGUGACUGGAAUAAAACUUUUGUACGGAGUUCCUAUGGAAUAUAGUCCGAUUUUACACAAUCUAUAUGUUGUGCCAUCAUCCCACGUAAGGAACAAACUCUUUGUGCUAUGCAUCAUGCUGUCUCUUUGGGUCUAUAUGAUCUAUUGCUGCGUUGGCUACUGCUCCACGGUCCCAAACUUGGCGUACGCGAACAGGCGCGAGAGCGACGCAGACGCCGACAACCGAGGCUCCUCUGCGGGAGCGUCCAGGGACUUACUGAACAACCAGAAUGACUUGGACAGCAGAGGAGAUGAGUGGGAGGACAUCAGAGGCGAGACCAAGGCGCUGGAUGAUAAUGCCAUGUCAGGUUUCUUUAAUGAGACGGAGGGUAAAAAGUUGCCCCAGGCGAUCAUCAUUGGGGUGAAGAAGGGGGGGACCCGCGCGCUGCUGGAGUUCCUGCGGCUGCACCCGGACGUGAGGGCGGUGGGAGCGGAGCCGCACUUCUUCGACCGCAACUACGACAAGGGGCUAGAGUGGUACAGGGACCUGAUGCCCAAGUCCUCCGAGGGCCAACUGACCAUGGAGAAAACACCAAGCUACUACGUCACGAGGGAGGUGCCCGCUCGGAUCUACUGCAUGUCCAAAGACACAAAGCUGAUUGUAGUCGUCCGGGAUCCCGUCACUCGUGCCAUCUCCGACUACACUCAAACUCGCUCCAAGAAGCCGGACAUCCCAUCUUUUGAGAGCCUCACUUUUAAGAACAUGUCAGCAGGUCUGAUCGACACCACAUGGAGCGCAGUUCAAAUCGGCAUGUAUGCCAAGCACCUUGAGCGCUGGCUCCAGUUCUUCCCCAUGGAGCAGCUGCUGUUUGUCAGCGGAGAGCGCCUUAUUACCGACCCCGCAGGUGAGAUGGCUCGCGUCCAGGACUUUCUCGGAAUCAGGAGGGUCAUCACCGAGAAAUAUUUCCACUUUAACCCAGCAAAAGGCUUUCCGUGCCUGAAGAGACCUGAGGGUAACAGCAAGCCACACUGUCUGGGUAAAACCAAAGGGAGGACUCAUCCUAAUAUCGACCCAGAGGUGGUGCAGAGGCUAAGGGACUUUUAUAAACCAUUUAAUAGAAAAUUUUAUAAGAUGACUGGUUAUGACUUCGGCUGGGACUCUGAGGAAUAGAGACUCAUUCUGGUUACUCCCGUUUCUCAUAUUUGUAUUAUCAGGACAUAUUGUAUAUGUAUAGUAUUUGUUGUAAAAAAAAGAAGAAGCAGAAUUCUAUUUUAUGAUAAUUUAUUGGUAUGAUAUUGAGCCUUUGAAAUGUAUUAUUUGUUUUAGUUUAGAUAUCACACACUUUUCUAAAAGCACAGUCUGUUUUAAAUAUAUUUUUUGAGCAGAACCAGGAUUCUUUUUUUUUUUACAUUAGAUUUUUUUUUCUUCCUUUUGUUUCACCUUAAGAUGAUUGGGAUCUAGUUUUACAACAAACUGGUAAUCUCUCCUUAACAUUUGCCUGACCCCCGGAGGACUGGACACCCACUUAGGCAGGUCGAUGCAGACCUCAACUGAAGCUGUGUGACUUGCCAGGUGAAUCAAUACAGUAAUAGGUCCUCAUCAUGUCAAUUAAGACUGAGCAAUGGUUUCUCCUUAAUCUCUCAGGCUUCUCAAUAAAACUUAAUCUGUGACAUUAAGUUCACGGGUGACCCUUUAGUCCAAUUCAUGAUUAGUCAAGAAUAGAGCUGUUUUUUGCUACACUUUUUGUACUCUGGAUUAAAGAGGGAGUUUGAUUCCAAUGCUGUUUGGGAUACUUUUAAUAAAAUUCCUCAAAGCCGAUUCUUAGGCUUCACAUAGCCCAACUGCAGAACAUGUUUGUGUGAAGGAAAAAAAAUGGUCCUUCCUCCAAAUAUUUGUAUCAUUCUAUGACUGAGUUUCAGAGAGCAACAUGCAUUUAUUGAUAUUUAGGGAUCAAACAAAAAAAAAAAUGUGUCAUGCAGAUUAAAUUUUGCACAAAUGGGGAAUAAAAAAAAGAUUUUUUCAAAA